GUGUCUAUUUGGCCCCCAAAAAAGCGCGGUUUAGGUGGUGGUGUUGAUAUAGUGUUACCGUGCUGUUUUAUAAAAUCCAAAGUAUUCUAUUUACCUUUGACCGCCAUUUAAUGGCACACAAUAUGGCUAAGUACACCGGUCAGACAUUUACUUUGAAGCGUCAAGCGGACGUGGCGUGUAUUCUGUUCGUCAUCUUGAUGCUGCCUGUCAUGUUGUUAGCCUGGCUUGCGAGACACUCCUAGCUCGGAUCCCCUUCCUCUUCGUCAGUGUCCCCCUCCCCUCAACGAGCCAUGGCCGAGCAGGCCGCAGGAGCCCCUCCGUCGUCGCAACAUGACGACGAGCUCCAGCAGCGAAUGGAGGCCCUGGAGCGGGAGAGGGCUGAAUUGGGCAAAGCCAAGCAACAGCUGGAGGCCGAGUUCAACCAGAAGAGAGCCAAGUUCAAAGAGCUCUAUUUGGCCAAAGAGGAGGAUCUGAAGAGGCAGACGUCAGCUCUGGAGUCGGCCCAGUCGGAGCUGAGCGCCGCACAGGCCCAGCUGACCCAGGCCCGCUCCGAGAUCGAGACCAUCAAGGCGGUGGCCACGGUGUCGGAGAACACCAAGCAGGAGGCCAUCGAUCAGGUCCGCGGCCAGUGGCAGGAGGAGGUGGCUUCGCUGCAGGCCAUCAUGAAAGAAACCGUUUGCGAGUACGAGGUCCAGUUCCACCAGCGUCUGGAGCAGGAGCGAGCCCAGUGGGGCCAGUACCGCGAGGCCGUGGAGAGGGAGGUGGCAGACCUCCGGCGGCGGCUCGACGAGCCCCAGGAGGAGCAAAACCUGGAGGACGACAUGAAGAAGGCUCAAGAGGAUGCGGAAAAGCUCCGCUCGGUGGUCAUGCCCAUGGAACAGGAGAUCGGCGCGCUCAAAGCCAAGCUGUCGGCGGCCGAGGACAGGGUCAAGGAACUCGAGGCGUCCAAGGUGAAGGAGCUCAACCACGUUUUGGAGGCGGAGAAGUCGUGUCGCACCGACCUGGAGAUGUACGUGGCCGUGCUCAACACGCAGAAGUCGGUCCUGCAGGAGGACGCCGAGAAACUGCGGCGGGAGCUUCACGAAGUGUGCCACAAGCUGGAGCUGGAGCGGCAGCAGCACAACCAGCUCAAGCACACGUGGCAGCGAGCCAACGAUCAGUUCCUGGAGUCGCAGCGCCUCCUCAUGAGGGACAUGCAGAGGAUCGAGAGCGUGCUCUCCUCCGAGCAGCUGCGGCAGGUGGAGGAGAUCAAGAAGAAGGACCAGGAAGACGACGAGAAGGAGAGGCUGAGCCAAAUGAAGGAUCUGCACGAGGAAGACGGCGCGGACAACACGGAGCCCUUGGAGGACAUCUUCCUGGGCUUGAGCGUUGAGGAGGCGCCGACCGACCACAGCGCCCACGGCUCCAUGCACUCGCUGGACGCCGACUCGGUGCCCGGCGGCCCGCCGGACCCCUACAGGGAGAACCUGCGCAGGGUGCAGUCCACCGACAGCCUGGGCUCCUCCCUGUCGGCCACGCCGGGCCUGAACCACAAGGCCAAGUCGGCCGGCCACUUGGACGAGUCCGACUUCGGGCCCCUGGUGGGGGCCGACUGCGGCGCGGCGGCGGACGCCGGCCUGGGAGACGGCGGCUCCGUCGGUUCCGUCAAGCUGACGGCCAGCCACUUCCUGCUCACCAAAGAUCAGGAGAAGGCCAUCAAGGCCAUGACGCCCGAGCAGGAGGAGACGGCGUCGCUGCUCUCCAGCAUCUCGCAAGCCCCCGACGCCGCCUACUUGCCCCCUGCCGGCUACCGACUGGUCAGCGACAGCGAGUGGAACCUGCUGCAGCAGGAGGUGAAGAACGCGGGCAGGAAGCUGGGCCGCCGCUGCGACAUGUGCUCCAACUACGAGAAGCAGCUGCAGGCCAUCCAGGGCCAGGAAGCCGACACUCGAGAUCAGGUCAAAAAACUGCAGGCGAUGCUGCGGCAGGCCAACGAUCACCUGGAGAGGAGCGUGGCCGACAAACAAAGCCUGGAAGAUUCCGUCAAGCUGGGGAACGAGGAAACCGCCGCCAAGGUGUCGGCCCUCGUCCGACGAGUCCAGGAGUCGGAAAGGCUGCUGGCCACGCUUCAGGAGGCCUUUGGUGAAGCCAAGAGGAACACGCAAGGACAGAUGGCCGCGCUGGCGCAGUCGCGCGAGCAACUGGCCGACGAGCUGAGCCGACUCCAGCGGGACAACGAGAGCCUGCAGGGAAAACGCCGUCUCCACUCGGAGCUGCUGGAGCAAGACGGCUUCGCCAUGCCCGACAACGUGCAAGAGCUCCAGGCGACGGUGCUGCGGCUGCGCGAGGACACGGCGACGCUGCGGACGUCGGCCGAGCACACGGAGGAGAAGCUGAUGGCGGAGAUCCUCUUCCUCAAGGAGCAGAUCCAAGCCGAGCAGUGCCUCAAGGAGAACCUGGAGGACACGCUGCAGACGGAGAUCGAAGGCUGCAAGGAGGAGAUCGCUUCCUUCUCCGGUUUGAAGACGGAACUGCAGCGGAUAAAAAUGGAGAAGGAGCAGUUGCAGAUCAGUUUGUCGCAAAAGACGGAGAGGCUGGAAAGCAUCCGAAGCUUGAGGAUCGGCCUGGAGCAGCAGCUGAGGGAGCUCCACGCCGCCAAGAGUGCGCUAGAGAGCCAGGUGUUUGAAGAGAAAGACCGAGCCCAGCGCUUGCAGACGGAGCUGGAUGUCAGCGAGCAGGUCCAGAAGGACUUUGUCAAGCUUUCGCAGACGCUACAGGUGCAGCUGGAGCGAAUACGACAGGCGGACUCUUUGGAGCGAAUCAGACUCAUUCUCAACGACACCAACUUGACCGACAUCAACCAGCUUCCGGAUACAUGAUAGCGCGCCUGCGGGGAAAAGUGCCUCCUCCCUUCGUUCUUUCUGCAUCCCCCCCCCCGAACACGAUCGAUCGAUCGAUCGAUCCUCCUCCUCCUCCUCCUCGUAAGCGUUACGAAAGAAGCGAAGGCAGGUAGGAAGGAGCAGCGCUGGCCUUUUUUAAUGUACAUUCAGUGGUGGAGUCGUGAGGAAGAAAAAGCACUACUCAAAACACUGCAAACGUGCAUACGGAUGGUUGGGGGUGGGGGGGGGGGUCCCCAUCUUUCCUGUGGAUGUCUUGCUCCUACUGUAGAUAUGACUCUUUUAAAAACAAAAUUCUGAUUAGUUUUAAAAAAAUAAUAUCAGAUUGGUCCAUAAUUGUUGAUCUCGCUUGUUGGUCGUCUCAUCCCUUUGAUGUGGGGGUCACCCCCCCGCCACCACCACCACCAGGGGGUCUCAAACUGGGGCCCAGAUCUCAAGGCUUCACAGACUACUAUAAAAAUAAUCCAACAAUAAUAAUCAAUUAUUUUCUCUCAUUUCAAGUAUAUACCCCCCCCC